ACACCCACUUGUUUCAGUGAGAGAGAAGUGGGAGCGCAGGAGAAGGAGGAGGACACAUAGGAUUCAGUCACACAGCAGCAGCAGCUUUAGAGGAGCUCAUCCAAACAUCUCCGCUCAUCCUUCACAUCACAGCUACCAUCUAUUGAUACCCGGCUGCCCAGAGGUCCAUUGAAGCCUCGGUAAACUACCUGUAACUCACAAUCGGCGUGGAUCUCGACUUAGUAUUCCGUGACCUUUCGGAUAUAAAUCCCACGGAGUUGCACUCCCCGAGCGUAAGGCUUGCAUCGUGGCUCUUGUAGAAGUGGCAUGUUCGAGGGAAACUCCGGGCACAAUUGAACUCCUGCUUUCACCCAAAGAGGAUUCAAUGAAAAUGUCCGUGUGCGUCCAUGAGAACCGAAAAUCGCGAGCCAGCACCGGCUCCAUGAACAUCUACCUUUUUCACAAGUCCUCCUAUGCCGACAGCGUCCUUAUGCACCUCAACUCGCUGCGGCAGCAAAGGCUUUUCACCGACGUCUUGCUCCAUGCUGGCAGCCGCUCCUUUCCCUGCCACCGCGCAGUGCUGGCUGCCUGCAGUCGCUACUUUGAGGCCAUGUUCAGCGGUGGCCUGAGGGAGAGUCAGGCCAGUGAGGUUGACUUCCGUGAUUCGAUCCACCCGGAGGUUUUGGAGCUCCUGCUGGAUUACGCUUAUUCAUCACGGGUGGUCAUCAAUGAGGAGAAUGCAGAGUCGUUGUUGGAGGCUGGGGACAUGUUGGAAUUUCAGGACAUCCGGGAUGCCUGCGCAGAAUUCUUAGAGAGAAACCUUCACCCAUCCAACUGCCUUGGCAUGCUUCUGUUGUCAGACGCCCAUCAGUGUACCAAGCUGUCAGAGCUCUCCUGGGGCAUGUGCCUCAGCAACUUUCCUGCUAUUUGCAAGACGGAGGACUUCCUCCAACUGCCCAAAGAUAUGGUGGUGCAGCUUUUAUCACAUGAGGAGCUAGAGACAGAAGACGAGAGACUGGUUUACGAAGCUGCUCUUAACUGGAUCAACUACGACUUGGAAAGGAGGCACUGCCAUCUCCCGGAGCUCCUGAGAACGGUUCGCCUUGCGCUAUUGCCUGCCAUCUUUUUAAUGGAGAACGUCUCUACCGAAGAGCUAAUUAACUCCCAGGCCAAGAGCAAGGAGCUGGUGGAUGAAGCUAUUCGCUGUAAGCUGAAAAUCCUGCAGAACGAUGGCGUUGUUAACAGCCCAUGUGCUCGACCCAGAAAAACCAGCCAUGCCCUGUUUCUUCUGGGUGGCCAGACUUUCAUGUGUGACAAGUUGUACCUUGUGGACCAGAAAGCCAAAGAGAUCAUCCCAAAGGCUGACAUCCCCAGUCCACGGAAGGAGUUUAGUGCCUGUGCAAUUGGAUGUAAGGUGUACAUCACUGGUGGCAGAGGCUCAGAAAAUGGCGUGUCCAAAGAUGUUUGGGUCUAUGACACUGUCCACGAGGAAUGGUCAAAGGCGGCACCCAUGCUGAUUGCCAGGUUCGGCCACGGGUCUGCAGAGCUGAAACACUGUCUCUACGUCGUAGGUGGUCACACCGCAGCGACAGGCUGCCUUCCAGCUUCUCCAUCAGUGUCUCUCAAACAGGUGGAGCAGUUUGACCCCGUGGCAAACAAGUGGACAAUGGUAGCUCCUCUGAGAGAGGGUGUGAGCAACGCAGCAGUAGUUAGCGUCAAACUCAAACUCUUUGCUUUCGGAGGAACCAGCGUCACCCACGACAAGCUGCCCAAGGUGCAGUGCUACGAUCCGCAGGAGAACCGAUGGACCGUGCCUGCAUCCUGCCCUCAGCCAUGGCGCUACACAGCCGCCGCUGUCCUGGGAAACCAGAUCUUCGUCAUGGGCGGAGACACAGAGUUCUCAGCAUGCUCGGCAUACAAGUUCAGCAGCGAGAGCUACCAGUGGACAAAAGUGGGUGAUGUGACUGCCAAGAGGAUGAGCUGCCAGGCUGUGGCAUCAGGGAACAAACUCUAUGUGGUGGGUGGGUACUUUGGCACACAGAGGUGUAAAACUCUGGACUGCUAUGACCCCACACUGGAUGCGUGGAACAGCAUAACUACAGUGCCAUACUCACUCAUUCCUACUGCUUUUGUCAGCACCUGGAAACAUCUACCUGCUUGAGUUCAGAACCCUCUACAUGCACCCUUUCCAUUAGAUUUCCCUGUUUUGCAUCAUCUACUGGUCUCCCAACUGUGAAGAAGCACACAUUCUUUUUCUCCAAAAGAGACACUGAGCAGUGAUGUACAGACGCCCGCAUUCAUUUUGAUGUUGCAAAGAGGCAAAAAAAGAAAGAAGAAAAAAAAUCAGAGGCAUGGACAGAUGGACACUUUCACUAGAACGAUGCCAUCUCUCGUUUUGUGAGAUGGAAGCUGAGGCGUACAGUAAAAAGAAGUUCACGCAAACAAACCAAACAAACUGCUGCUUGGCACAAACUCCCACUCUGCGUGGGGCAUUUUACACUUGUGCUUUCAUGCUGCCACUGGCGUGCUGAAAACAUAUCACACUACCUGCAUUUCUUUCCCCCCGUUCAGUCAUGAAAUGCUUGUUAAGACUUUAUUGUUGUUUUUAAAUAUUAAGAGAAAAAGAAGAAAAAAAUGUAUAGCAUGACAGAUGCCCUGUUUAGAUUGCUGGAGGUGGAACACGAGGAUAGGUUAAAGUUUGACUGAACAUAGAUGAUUUAUAGAAGGUAGAAUGAAGGAGCAAACACCCCCUCAGUCCUCUAAUAAGCUCUUCUGUUUGUAUCUUCUUUUGCGUCGUUUCAAGCUUGUGCGUCUAACAGCUGUGACACAGAAACAAACCAGGCAGUGACAGGGCACUGCCUGGUUUGUGAGGUUUUGAUGGCCAACACAAGCUGAGUUGGAAGAGGUUGGAGGGGUAGAUCUGUGCAUGGCCAAGGAGUGGGAUGGGGUGAAGGUGCCUUGAGGUCAUGACCUUACAUGUUUGCAUGUGACGCUCGCUGAACCAACCCACUGUACACAGGGCUGGGCGGAUUUUGGCAGGCUCGGAAGGAACGCCGUAACACUUCAUGCUGUAAAAGACUGGCUUUGCUUCUGACAAAAGCAGCGGCUCGCUCGCCUGAGUCGUAGCUGAACCCUUUUUUGAGCAUGUUCGUGGUGAUUCACUAAGAAAACAAACAAAAGAUAACAAAAAAACUGGCAUGGACUCUCGUCACCUUAAACGCAAACUGAGAAGUUAUCAGUUUCUUCUUAAACUUGCUGCAAUGUAGUCUUAAUUUAUAUGGCAAUGAAUACUCUUGUUAUGUUAAGAUGUUUUAAUGGUAUUUAUUUUCUUCUCUGCCUGUGUUCAUUACGUGAAUGUAUGUUUGGGUUAUGUUGUGCAUGGCCGGUUGUUGUGUUUUAAUUUCAUCGCAGUUGGGGCGGGCGGCUGUAUUUUGGACAGUCCAGUUUUUUGCGUGAGGUACUUGGUUCUUUUAAGAGAAACCUCUCCCAGGGUUUCAUGGAUGCAAGAGGCAGAAUGACUCACACUACAGAUAAUGUAAAGCAGUCAUUAGCAAGACUAUAGAGUCCCUUACACUAUAGAAGACUGAACGGCUUUGAAAGAAAUGUUGUUUUAAUUCUCUUUAAGCUCUAAUCUGGGUCCAAACUUGCCUUAAAUCAGCCUAAAUAGGAGACCAAAUGAAGUGGGUUAGAUGAACCAUAAAACAGAAAAGGCUGGGAGAUCGGUGCAGUAUAUGACCCAGUACCAACAAGGGAGAGUAACCCUCACAUGGCUAAGAUUGUGACAGCUGGACGACUGUCACAUGUGCUAACUUGGCUUCUCAUGAGUCUUUGUAAUCAUUAGGUUAAGAACUCCAGUAAGCUGUGCAUUGUUAAGGGCAGACACCACAGUGCUUUUCACCAUAGUGUCAUUCAUACACAUUAAAAAAAAGAAGAAAAAAAAA